AAAUCAUCCGCGUGAAUAGCUCAUCAUCAUGGUUUGCGAAUCAAAUAUUGUUUCCAAAUUGUUAUUGUCCAAUUUUGAAUAAUUUGUUUUUUGUAAUUUUGAAACCCUUAAUUGCCUUGUUUUAUUAUUUAACUUUCAAUUUCCCUGGUGACAAAAAGUUUUCCUUGCUUAACUGUUGUAUUUCGAUCACUUUGAUCAGCUGUAAUCUUUUUUAUUUUGUUUUUUUUCGCCAUCUAAAUAGUGUUAAUUUUGUUCUUAUUUACCAUGAUUCGUCGAGGUACUAAACGUAAGCCUACCACCACACAGAAUCAAGGUCCUGGUCCUGGAAAUCGUAAACCCAAAUCUGAAUUUAAUCCUCCAAAACUGCCGGCUAAUGGAUAUCCUACAGAACAUCCUUUCAAUAAAGAUGGAUAUCGUUAUAUUCUUGCAGAACCUGAUCCUCAUGGACCUUUCCGCCAAGAAUUUGAUGAAAAUCAAGAUUGGGCGGGUAAACCAAUUCCUUGUUGGCUUUAUCGUAGGCUUUGUCCGAAAUCCGUUUUGGUUGCAAUGCACGAUAGAGCACCACAGUUGAAAGUUUGCGAAGAUAGGUUAACUGUUACUGGUGAAAGGGGCUAUUGUAUGGCUCGUGCAACUCAUGGAGCUCAUUAUGGGUCGUGGUUUUAUGAGAUUAAAAUUACUGAUAUGCCUGAUGGUUCUCAUGUUAGACUUGGAUGGAGUCAAGAAUUAGGUAAUCUGCAAGGUCCCUGUGGAUAUGAUAAAUUCAGUUAUGCUUGGAGAUCAAGAAAAGGAACCCGGUUUCAUGAAAGUAUUGGCAAGCAUUUCACUGACGGUGGUUAUGGUCAAGGAGACGUGAUUGGAAUGUUAAUUGUUCUUCCUAAAGACGAUGAUCCUGAGUCGCCCAAUAAUCCUAAUUACUUGCCACCAACUUUCAAAGAGAAACCAUUAGUUAAAUUUAAAAGUUAUCUCUAUUUUGAGGAAAAGGACGAUAUACCUGCUGCAUUGAAAAAUUUGCAACCAUUAAAAGGAAGUAAAAUUAUUUACUAUAAAAAUGGCCAAGAAAUGGGAACAGCAUACGAAGACAUCUACAAAGGUGUUUAUUAUCCAGCAGCUUCUUUUUAUAAAAAUGUUACGUUAACUUUUAAUUUUGGGCCCAACUUCGUUUAUCCGCCAAAAGGAGUUGAAUACAGAGCAAUCGAAGAAUUAGCCGAAGAUGCAUCGUCUCGUCAAACGCUUUCCGAUCUUGUAUAUUUUGCAGAAAAUGAUGGUCUUCUAAGACUUGAUACUUUCUACGGGACCGCUCCUGUGGGAAGUUAACACUUUUUUCUUAAUAUUUCGCUAAUCAUAUCAUCCAUCAAAUGUAUAUUUUGUCAAAAAUCAUGAUCAAAUUAUUUUUUUCCCAGCAAAGUUCGCAAAUGUAAAAGUGAUCUCAUCAUUUGUCAUCAUUAAUAUUGAAAUUUUUGCACAAGAGAAACACUUAUAGUCAUCAUUUUGAUCAAAAAAUAAAAAAAUUCCAACUCAAA